AUGCCACCUCGAAAUAUUGAGAUCUCUCCGCCUUCUUUGAUUUCUUCAUCUCAAUCCAAAAAUGCCAGCUCAAGGAUAACAUUUGCGGUGAAAGAGACCGAAAAAGAGGUGGAACUCCGUCAACAAUGUUUGGAUCCGGAUCCUAGAGUUAGAACGGAAGCUAUACAAUCGUUUGAGAAGAUGUGCAAGGACGGGAAAAUGAUUUCAAUCGAGAGUUAUUCAUUGCUUUCGGAGCUGUCUACAAAUUCGGCCAAGAAUGUGAGACUGAGUGCGCUGCGAUUGGUACAACUGUUUGCGGAGAGAUAUCCUGAAUAGUUAGUUGAUUUUGAAUUAUUUCUUUUGGAUUUUAGGUAGGACCAGGGCUGUGAAGGGGUGAUAUUACACUUGAUGCCUGUUUAUAGUAUUGCUAUAACUUUUGACAUUGUUGGCAAAAUUGGAUGGCUUUGGUCUUAAAAUACUCUACGAUCUACGUAGGGAAUAUAGUAGUUUCUUUGAACUGGGCCAAAUAAGCUGCAGAACUCACACGAUUAUAUUUUCAGUCAAGUCAAAACCGAACGAGGAUUCCAAAUCCGUCUUCAUGAUGAUGCUUUUGUUCAAGUGUGUCAUGCCGUAAACGACAUUGAAACUGAAGUCCGCGAAGAAGCUGCCCGACUUCUUGGUCUUUUCACAUGCGUCUCAGAUCAGUUUCUUGAGCAAACCCUGGAUAAGAAGGUCAUGAAGACAAUGCAAUUUGCAUAUGACCAGAAUAAACUGCAGAGCCAGACCAAGUUUAGGCCUUCAAGUGGAUGGUCGGUGGGAAAGAAGCUUGGUGAAGAUGUGCCUGCCGAGAUGGAGGACGACGAGAAGGACGCCAUGAUUCCGAUGGGAGCUUGCGGGGCAUUUGUUUCUGGUCUGGAGGACGAGUUUAUGUGUAGGUCCAGUUUUUUUGAUGAUCAUGUUCAAAGCAUAGGUUUUCUGAAGAUUCUGGUUUGAUGGUUUUACAAAAAGUUGAUGUCGUUAUGAAGGUCCAUUUUAGCUGUCCGUCAAGCAGCCGUCUUCUCCCUGGGCCGUCUAGCCGCCAGCCGGUCGGAUUUUGCCCGGCUCUCCAUCGACCAUCUCGCAGAUAUGUUUAACGAUGAAAUGCAACAAAUACGACUAGAUGCGAUCAAGGCAAUGACCCCAUUGAUAGUUCAUGGCACACUGGAAAGGGAACAGCUACACACAAUAUUGAGCGUUUUGUCAGACGCCAUCCCAGACAAUCGCUUGGCCUUACAUUCUCUACUUGGAAUGGCUAAUUUCGCCGAGUAUUCUUGCAUUUUGCAAGUUAUGAAGGCCUUGCAAGACUCGAUGAGGAGGUUCCCGAGGGAUCGCGAUUCCAUUUUUAGGUAGGAAUUUUGCGAUGGGCCGGGUUCAUGAGUGAUAUAACAAUAUCGGGAAAGUUUUAAUUUAUUUUAUUUCAGCUGUCUGAGUAAGAUUGGCCAUCGGCAUGCCAUUUUUGUCCAGCCAUUGGUACCAGAACUUCUCAAUAUUCACCCGAUUUUUGAUGCUCAUGAACAAGAUGUUAAUGAUGAUUUUUGUAAGGAUUUUUGUUUUGAAAUUUUAUUAUUAUUGUCUUUAGAUCUUUGCAAUCUGAUCCUAGUACUGAACGCGGCUCAUGUCCAGCCUCAGAUAUGCUCCUUGAUACCAGAAUACAUCAUUAAACAUUAUCGAUAUCUAAGGCAUUCAAGUUUGGAAUUGAUCCCGGAGAUUGAAGCGUUUGAAAGGCGAAGGGGAUCUACACAGCCCAGUUUUAGCAGGAAUAGCCUGAACAUGAAGGCUUGUCAGGAAGGCAUCAUAAAACAUCUUCAUCUUGUUUAUCACCGAAUGUUCGAAGCUUGCUCCAACCCUGAUUUUGAGGAUAAAAUGGAACUUCUCAAGAUUAUUUUGAAGUAAGAGGGAGUUUUUUGUUUAUAUUUUUGUGUAUGUUUUUUAUGAAAUCUUUUUUUUAUCUGGGAUGACCUAAAAAUGUGAUUUUGGCAUAAGGUAAUGCCAAGUGUAAUAAUUGUGAGUUACUUUCAGAGACCUAAAGGUAACAGACAAUAGUGAAGAAGGGUUCUCUUGCUCUCUACAAUUUUUGAAGCACAUUGGAGAAGUAAUUGUAAAUUAUAAUUUGUGCGCUAGAAGGCAGUAUGACGAAGGAAAUGUGUUGAAUAUCAUUGAAGAGGUGGGUUUAGAGUGUUGAGUUUUUUUAAAAGUAGUUUCAAAGCAUGGUGAAGAUGAGUAAUUUAUUUUUGAGUUAUUUGAGCACCUAGGGUUGUAGUUACGACCAUUUUCUACGAUAGCGUACAAAAAAUCGUCAUUCUUAUUUCCUGGAAUCGUAAAUUUUGUGGGAUGUAAGCCUAUGGCUGUAGAAAAAGCUCUAUAAUUUGGUUUAAAAUUCUUUAUUUCCAGUGUAUGACAAUAAUUUCCCAGUUGAAAGUGCUUUUCUGUGGAGUUGACAAGCGAAUUCGCGCAUUCUUGGCGGAAAUCGAAUUUCAAUUGCAAUUGUUACACCUGUUCAAGAAGAUGGGCCUGGAUCAGAAUUCGGAUUGGGCUGGAAUCAACCAGCUUGUCGAAGCUUUGGUCUCAAAUGUUCAGACGUAAGAAUGUAUAUUGUUGCAGGGGAUCUGAAAAAUAUUUUAGUUUUUCUGUUGGGUCUUGAAAAAUGUAAUGGAAAGGUGAAUAUACUACGUUAGUAAGGGUAUAUUUAGCCUUUGGUUAGUAUAUAUUGACCUUUUUAGGACUGUCUUUGUUGAAAUCUUUCAUUGUAUUUUUUGCAGUCAAGUCAUCGAGCUAGAAGUUGACCCUUCCCCAUCAUGCAGUUCCCUCUGCACAUGGCUAAAUGAGUUCACAAAGACUCACCAGGACACUCCAAGAGACACCAAGCCCCCAAAAGCGAAGAAGCUAGCCAUUCUACCACUAUUAUCAGCAUCGACUUCAAAAGUAAUUGAGGAAGUCGCAAAAAAUCCCAUAAAUUUGCCUCCAUUGAGCUUUGACCUAGCCAGACUGAGGAGAAAAUCAUGCACGAACCUAGAGUUUUGGCAUGCUGGGAAUUGGCUGAGUUAUGAGAAUGGGACGCUGAGAUUUGUGGCUGGUAUCCCGGCUGGACUGGAUGUUUAUUCGACCUUGUUUAACUUGGAAGAGCAAGAUAAGAAGAGGUUUAGAGUUGAGGUGAGUGGUGGGAGUAGUUUAAGAAUCAGUGAACGUCCAGGCUUACUGUAAAUUAAAGAUUUUUUCGAAUUGUUUACGGAAUUGUCGCUAUUUUUUUAAAAAGUUUGAGAAGUCGUGGAGAAGGUAAAGUUGAGUCAGUUGAUGUUCGUAUAGCUUGGUAAUAACAUAUUUGACAAAUUAUUCAUUACUUGAAACAAAAUGUUUAGGUACGGUACCCAGACAAACGCCGCUAUUACCAUCAACCAGUCCCAUCCGACUUCCUGGAACUUGCUGAUCGCCAAAUCCGAUUUCAAAGCACAGUCUUCAUAAUUUCGGAGGAGCCCUGGGCUGUGGCGUCGGAUGUGCGGUUGUCCUGUGGACUGCUGAUCGACUCGGAUUUGGAUGGAUUUGCCUCAAAUCCAGACGAAUCCAAAUCUUUUGUCCCUCUAAUGAGUUACAAACAUCCGGCGAGGGAACAGUAUUCGGAGCUCAGAAUAUUCCCAAUGACUCGAUGUUAG